AUGCCACUUUCUCAGAUUCAUGAAUUCGUCGAACAAAUCAAUCAAAUGAAAGUUCACCGAGAGUUUUAUCUCGAAUUCAGCCGUGAUCCACAAGCGUUCAUUUCUCGCUGGCUAGCUAGUCAAGCCAGGGACUACUGGGUUAUGACCGAUGCCACCCCGGGACAUCCGGAAGAGGAACGUCGUGCGGAGUUCUACCACGCGCCCUGGACUCAAGAAGCAGUAAUGCGUUACUUCUACAAUCGAGUAGGUUUAUUUCGUAUCAUUCCUGGUGACCCUGGACAAGGAAUAAGCAUGACAUGA